AGCGCGACAGACUUUCUGGAGGAAUGGAAAGCAAAGCGCGAGAAGAUGAGAGCAAAGAUGCUUGGAGAUAUCGCCGCCGCCACCGGGAGAACCACGGAGCUAAACAACAACGGCAGCUCGGUUAACGUUAACUGCGUCUCUUCUACGUCCUCCUAUCCGGUGGCCCCGUCUUCCUCUUCGUCCGCUCUGAAACGACCGGAGGACGAGCCAAAGAAACCCGAGCAGCCCGGGGAAAACUUGAAGACGCCGGAGAAAGUGAGUGGAGUGCCGCAGGCGGAGAGCUCGAGCCCCGUUGGUGUGGAUGACAGUGAUAAGGAGAGUCCCACACACAGCAAGAGCAAAGAGAAGAAGAGCUCGGGACCCAGUGCCAGAAAGGGCAAAGGACAGAUAGAGAAAAGGAAGUUA